AUGCAGUUUGAAAGCGAAGCAAUUACUGCAACUGCGGCGAUCAAUCAAGAACAAAACAGCCCCUCGGUCAACAGCAAUAGUCAAACAACUGCAGCAACAUCGAAUUAUUCACUGUAUCCGAAUUUGCCUGCUGCAGCGACGAGGGCCAAUGUUAUGCAACCUAUGGGAGGUUUUACAGUUCAUCCCACAGCCCCAACUGCACCGCCAUUUGUCACAUUCUCUGCGUACGAAACUCAGAAAGGAGAUUACUUUGAUGGAAAAUUUAAUGAACGACGUUCGAUGAAUACAAAAUGUGUCGAGUCAUUGCAAAGAUGUCCUAACUGUCUUGAUGGUUGUCAAGUACGCGCCGUUAAAAGCAAACUACCGGAGCAUCUAAAGGAGUGUCUAUACAAUGAUUUGUCCUGUCCUGUUAAUGCGGUUCAACAAUGCUCGUGGAAAGGUAAAAUUAAUCAACUCACCCCGCAUUUCGAAGAAAAGCAUCCCGAAUGUCUAGAAAUACUGGUUAAUAGAGAAAGUAUAUUGCAUAUCGGACAUAGUUACCAGUUUACAAAUCUCGUCAAUGUUGGAUCUAAUAAGUUCUUACUGCAUCUAAUUGUAAGAAAGGAUCAGAAGACCAUAACGUUCGCCGUCCAACAUUUCGGGACGGAGAAAAAUGCUAACAAGUGGACGCACGAAUUACGUGUCUAUGAUAAGAGUGAGCCUCGAAGAUUGUUCAGUUAUGUAAAUAGCUGCCAAUCACACAAUGAUUCGUUAAACGGGCUUAUAAAGAGACGCGAAGUAGGAAUCGCGGACUUGGACUACUUGAAGACAUUUGCCAAGGAAGAUACAAUAACAUAUAAGCUUUUAAUUACAAAUGCUUCAUACAAGGACCAGAAUCAAACCAGAGGUAAACAUCAAAGGAGGGAACAAAACUCAAUAUCAUACACAUCACGUAGUUAG